AUGUACUGGAAUGUGAUGUUCUGUAACGGAAAUUUGGCUUUCAUUUUUAAGUGCAUUGUUCCUGUAGCCGCCAGUUACUUGUUUAGCUCAUAUGAAAUAAAGCUGCCCACAUCCAACUACUUUUUUCUAAGUGAUGAUUUUAAAAAUGAUUAUUUCAUGCUUAUAUUUUUCUAUCAAUCCUUUGGAAUUUAUGGGUUGAUGGUGUACGACAUAUCCAUUCACACAUUUGUGAAUGGAUUUCUGUCGUUUGCAAUAACACAAUUGAAAAUUCUGAAUUAUAAAUUUAGCACUUUUAAAUCGGAACGAGAUUCAAAAUUUAACAAAUAUGAAAUAGAAAGGAUUAAUAUGAUGAAACUUAAACAAAUGCUGAAACACUACGACAACAUUUUAAAAUAUUGCAAAGGGAUUCAGGAUAUUUUUAAUGUUACUCUGUUCGUCCAAUAUAUAAUGUCUUCGUUGGUCAUUUGCUUCGUAUGCUGUGGAUUACUUCUUCCACUGACGAAGGAGCAAUAUGCUUUUGUGUUUGCAUAUCUAUUUGGCAUGGUGAUACAAAUAUUUGCUCCGUCUUUUUUAGGAACUCUAAUAACUUACCAGAAUCAAGAGUUAGUGUUCGCAGCGUACAAUAGCGAUUGGUUUGCGAGGUCGGAGUCAUUUAAAAGGAGUAUUAAGAUUUUUAUGGUACGAACCAACACACCCGUUGUUAUUGAUGGCUUAAAACUGUUUCCUUUGUCGUUAGAAACUUUUACAUCGAUCAUGAAAACUGCUUAUUCAUUUAUGACGUUGGUGAGAAAUAUGCAAAAUGAAAGUAAUAUUCCAUAA